AUGCUUUCAACUAGGCGCCGGCACACCUUAUCUCGAAAUGAGACAAAGACGUUCCCAUUGCCCGAAGAUUUCUUUCCGAACAUCGAGCUCACGGACGAACAGAUUCAAGGCUAUGAGAUUCAGGUCGAGAAAAUCGUCCAAGACGCUUUGGCGGACUACGAACGACACGAAGCAAAAGGAGCCUACCCGAUCUACAAUGCACCAUGGGCUCCUGUUGGCACGGAAGGCACUUUGACCGCUAUCCGAAAGGAAACACCUGAGGGAAUUUCGCAAAGCGAGUUCCGUCUCUACGGCUAUAUUCAAGGCAACUACCGGAACUUUAUGGAUUUCCACUACGCUGAAACGUCCCAGGAGCAUUUUGAGUGUAAUCAAUUCAUGUACGGCUACGUGGUCGAUGCAGUCGUGCUCAAGAACAUCCACACGAAAAAGUCUGGCAAGAAAGAUGAAUAUUUGGGUAUCAAAUGGACGUGCCUUCAACCUUCAUCAUUCGGCCGCAAGCGAGACAAUUGCUUUUUGGAGUACUUAACAUAUACUAAGGAUCAGCUCGGCCGCAAUGUAGGCGUCCGAGUGACGCUACCGGUGGAUAUCGAUGAAUGCCCCGAUUUGUAUCUCACUUUGAGAAUCAAGCGCAUCAAGAUGCAUAGCGUCACCAUCGUCCGCCCCGCGGGUUUCUCUGCGGACGCGACACAGCUGUUUUUUAUGAGUGAUAAUGACAUCGCAGGUCUGUCCAAGAACUAUAAGAAGGUCAUGCGCAUUUACAACGACAUGUCCCUCUUUGUCGACUCGAAAUGUAUUGUGAAGCAGGGGAUCAUGUGCAAGACAAAUUGGGUACCCAAGGACUCACGCAAGGCUUGCAUGAAUUGCCAACUCUACUUCAACGCUGCAACGCGCCGCCGUUACCAUUGCCGGCUUUGCGGAGACAUCUUUUGCCACCGCUGUGUUAUCGUUCGCAAGGUUCCACGCGACCACGACGUCAACAACAAGUCACGAGUGUUUCAAGUAGCUAAGACAAACUUCUGCACAGCGUGCGUGUCAACAAUUCGUCGAGGAAGCGAAGCAUCGAAACUAGAGCGUGUGUCUUCAGGCACACAUGCCGACAGCGUCAAGACACUAAGCUCUGAGAGCAAUGCCUGCAAGUUGCGCAAAACAUCGGUGAGCAAUACAACGAAGCCAAGCAAUUCACGAUCGGAGUGGUGGGAUGAAAUUGCAUCGUACAGGUCCGAGUCUAACUGGUCCGAAACGGAAUCGGAGGAUACCAGCAAGGCAUCGCUUAACGCUUCCGGGCGGUCGAGACUUGCCAGUUCCCUGUCUUCGUCCCAGUCGUCAUGGACUUCCCGGGGUGACAAAAACAUGGACAUGGACGAUGUGCCGUUCCUAGCAACUCUGGAUGUUAUCGACGACGAUGUGGCAAUUCUCGAUGAAAUAGCGAAAAGCUCUAAAUCCAAACUGUGCAAGAAACUUCCCAUGUCUGGAUACUCGACGAGCCGACGUCAUUCACGAAAGCAGAUGCAGUUUUUUCAAACGUCGAGUGACAGACAAGAGGUCACUGAGGUUAUCGACACGAUAGACAUGGUGCCAAUGUCGGAGCUUCGACGACAGUCACGCGCAAGGACUGCCGGGAUGCUGUACGGUGUUGCUCGAAAGUACAGCAAGAGACGUAUUGGACGGGGGUCAUCGCUUAGCUCGAGCCGUCCUAGCAGCCAUCUGAGCCACGAAGAGCCUACAAAUCGGUUGCAUUCGUCUCGCUCCAUAAGUCAGAGUCUUGCAGAGCAGGAGGAAAUUCUUCGAUGCAUGCUUAGUGUCAGUCGAAUACAUUUGAAUUCUGGCGAGGGCUUCAAGAGUUGA